AUGUUUGGACUUGAGACAAAACAAUGCAACACACUUGUGAAAAGUCUUCAGUUAUUAAUGGCAGCAGCUUCUGAUCGUCCAUCGGCAAAACUUUGUCCGAAAACAAUCGAUCCGUUUUCAAACUCGACCCGAAGAUCCGUAUUUCAAAAUGCAUUUACAUCUGGACGGAUUCCCUGUCGACUCGUUCAUGGUUCUGUUCGAAAUCGUCUAGCAUGGAAUACAUCAAUCGACGAUCUCAAUUACGAUCCUUUACUUGUUUUAUUGGCUGAAGGUUUACGUGAAACGGAUCAUCCACUUCCAUUUAUUAGUCGACAAGGUUUCACCGAAUUGAUGGCGAAUCCGAAUGCUCCACCAAAAGUGAUUCCGAUCUUACCGAAUUUAAUCAAUCCAAUCAAAUUGGCGUUAAGUUCAGAUAAUGAUGAAAUCUUCGAAGGUGCUUUGAAUGCUUUAACACAAUUGAGUAUCGUUGUGAAAGAUGAAUUAGAUAAAUAUUUGAAAACUUAUUUGAGUAUUUUAGCGAAACGAAUGUCCAAUCGGAAAUUUCGGGAUAUGGUAACGAAUUCGUUGAAUACUUUUGAAGAAAAAGGUGGCAAAGAUGUUUUGGUGAUUAUUAAAUCAAAAAUACCAACAUAUUGUAGUAUUCAUAUUUAA